CCCCUCAGAGCUGUGACAGAACUGUGUAGGCGGACCAGUGGAGAACAGGUUGAGCAUCAGUGGGUCGGUGACGCUCGCAAUCGAACCAGCAACCCUGAAUACUGAUGUUGUGCUUUUAAACAUCAAUACCUGGACCUGGAUGACGUGGCCGAGCGGAGGGGGACGCGCACUGAAGCAAUGGCUGCCUGCUAAUAAACAUUACAACCCCGCCUGCUAACACUUAGCACAGGACCGGACGAAUAUCCACAGCCUGUGUUUCCCUGUCGUCAUCCCGUCACGCGACCCGCCGGCACGUAGACCCCCUCAAAUAAAGGAAAGAUAUGCAGCUGUCAGAGCGGCGCUGACAGGCCUGACUCUGGUUUAACACGACCAUGGACUCCUCUUCUGAUUCCCAGCAGGAGCCUGAGAAAACUUUGGAGACACAGAAACCUGAAAACGAUGAAACACAUCUUCAAAUAAAUUGCCUCCUCCAUCUUCCUGCCAAGCCCCAUGCAGAGUUGAGAGAGCACCAUGCCACCUCCGCUGCUGUAGCGUGCAGUGAUGACACCGUCCUUCUGACCCCAGGCAGGAUGAGCCAGCGCCAGGUGAAGGAGCGGGACAAAGAGAGGGAGAAGGAGGCCGGCCUCCAGACGCCCAACAGGGAGCAUGUCUCCACCCCCUCGACCCUCAGCCCGGGGGUGAGCUACACCCACGGUUUUGAGAGAGGGAAGGAGGACCUCUUGCCUCUGCCUUUAAAAGAGGACUCACAUUCCAUUUCAAAGAGCAAGUCUGAAACAAAGCUGUACAAUGGCUCAGACAAGGAUGUGUCGGCGUCUGGAGGAAAGCUCACCAAGAAGGAGUCCCUCAAGGUGCAGAAGAAAAACUACAGGGAAGAAAAGAAGAGGGCGACCAAGGAGCUGCUCAGCACCAUCACUGACCCCUCUGUCAUCGUCAUGGCCGACUGGCUGAAGAUUCGCGGCACUCUGAAGAGCUGGACCAAGCUGUGGUGCGUGCUGAAGCCAGGCGUCCUGCUCAUCUACAAAACCAACAAAAACGGCCAGUGGGUGGGAACGGUGCUGCUCAACGCCUGCGAGCUGAUCGAGAGGCCCUCCAAGAAGGACGGCUUCUGCUUCAAGCUCUUCCACCCGCUGGAGCAGUCCAUCUGGGCCGUCAAGGGUCCUAAAGGGGAAGCGGUGGGCUCCAUCACGCAGCCAUUACCCAGCAGCCACCUCAUCUUUCGUGCUACCUCAGAGUCUGAUGGUCGAUGCUGGAUGGACGCCUUAGAGCUGGCCUUGAAGUGCUCCGGCCUGCUGAAGAGGACCAUGAUCCGUGAGGGGAAGGAGGACAUGAGCACAGUCGCUACUGGCGGAGAACACUCCAUUAAUUUCUACAGUCUCCUGCGAGCCCACAACAUGCACGGUUUCCAGUUCAGUGACAGUGACCAUUUGAAAGACCCGGACCUGUACUCGGACAAGUCGGACCGGGAGGGGGAGCAGGACCACGAGGAGUCGGACCCAGAAGGCCUGGAGAAGAGCGAGGAGAGCGACAGCGACACGUCGGAGCGCCAAGACGACUCGUACAUUGACCUGGAUCCAAACGAACAUCUGAGGGAAACCCCGUACCUGGAGCAGUCCCACGAGGAACUGGGAGAGGCUGGUGAGGCUGCGCAGACAGAGACGGUAUCGGAGGAGAAUAAAUCUCUGAUCUGGACGUUGCUGAAGCAGGUCCGACCUGGCAUGGACCUGUCCAAGGUUGUGUUGCCCACCUUCAUCCUGGAGCCCAGAUCCUUCCUCGACAAACUCUCGGACUACUACUACCACGCAGACUUCCUGUCAGAUGCUGCGAUCGAAGAGAACGCCUACAGCCGCAUGAAGAAGGUGGUGAAGUGGUACAUUUCUGGAUUUUACAAGAAGCCACAGGGGUUGAAGAAGCCUUACAACCCGAUUAUUGGGGAGACGUACCGCUGCAUGUGGCUCCACCAGAGGACAAACAGCAAGACGUUCUACAUCGCAGAACAGGUUUCCCAUCAUCCUCCGGUGUCCGCCUUCUAUGUCAGCAACAGGAAGGAUGGGUUCUGCCUCAGUGGCAGCAUCCUUGCCAAGUCGAAGUUUUAUGGUAACUCUCUGUCGGCCAUAUUAGACGGGGAGGCUCGUCUCACUUUUCUCAACCGAGGGGAGGACUAUGUGAUGAACAUGCCCUACGCCCACUGUAAAGGUAUCCUGUACGGCACCAUGACACUGGAGCUGGGAGGACAGGUCACCAUUGCCUGUGAGAAAACAGGCUACAGCGCUCAGCUCGAGUUCAAACUGAAGCCAUUCCUGGGCAGCAGCGACAGUGUCAAUGAGAUCUAUGGAAAGAUCAAGCUGGGAAAGGAGGUGUUAGCCACACUAGAAGGACACUGGGACAGCGAGAUCUUCAUCAAUGACAAGAAGACGGGGACAGUGGACACUUUCUGGAAUCCGACGCCAGAGCUGAGACAGAGUCGACUCACUCGCUGCACAGUCCCACCAGAGGACCAGGGGGAGUUUGAAGCAGAAAGACUGUGGCAGCACGUGACCCGGGCCAUCAACAACAAGGACCAGACCGAGGCUACCAACGAGAAGUUCUUUCUGGAGGAAGCUCAGAGGAAGUCGGCCCGCGAGCGGAAAGCAAAAUGCGAGGAGUGGAUCUCCGCCCUGUUUGAGCAGGACCCCAUCACUGGAGAGUGGCAUUACCGAUAUGCUGACACAAGGCCAUGGGAUCCACUCAACGACCUGAUCCAGUUUGAAAAGGACGGCUGCAUCCAGACCAAGGUCCGACACCGCACCCCUAUGGUACGUUCUGGCAGUCUUAUUAGUCUGAGUAACCAGGGGCCGCGGAGGGACAAUUGCAAGUGCCAGGUGACGGUGCCAAAGAGGAAACAUAAGAGCGACAAGCCCAAAAGUCCAGAGAGUGGCUGCUCUUCACCUGAACCCGACCGUCAGGACUCGUCUGGCAGCGAACGACACAAAAGCAAACACAACAGUCGGCUGAGGAAAAAAGGAGCCGACCUCAGUGAACUUCAAAGUGCCAUUGAAUCCAUAAAGAAGACGCAGGAGGACAUCAACAGGAGCAUCAGUGUGCUGCGGAGUCGUGCGUCGGGCCGGGUGGAGGGCGGCUCCUUCCUCCAGCAGCGCGACUACAUCAUCAUCUUUUUCCUCAUCCUCCUUCAGGUCGUGAUCAACUACGUCUUCAAGUAGCAGCCAUACCCCACAGAGAGAGCGUGAUGCCCUUAGACACACACACAUACACACACACAUAUAUAUAUAUAUAUAUUGUACACACACACUCUGAGCCUUAGGCUUCACAACGGGGUACGAAGAGUAUAAACUUUGUCCUUUUAAGUGACAGUCUCCACCGACUGUGUUCAUCCGUCUUUACUGAAUCCAACUGCAACACGUCCAGUGGAGAAGUGGAGACUUCGACACACACAGAACAGAGACUUUUAAAAACUCUUUAUUUAUUUUCAACCUGUCCAUUCCGAAACUCUUGAGAGAUCCGAAGAUUUCAAGGCGGAGAGGAGCAGCGGAGAGGAGUCAUCCGUGUAGAAAAGUCUCGACUGCCACUCUGAAGCUUAUUGAUUUGCCUUUGAUGUAAAGAGGCAAAGACAGCAGCCAUUUUUUAGCUGUUCUUUGUGUUUAUUUUUGAUUUGUUUUGUUUUGUUUCUCCACCAAUGAUGGGACACAACUCUGUUGAUUCACUUUCAACCUCAAAAGACAGGGAGCAUCUUCACCCGCAGACGAGUACCAUCACUCAGACGGUGACCAAGACAAAGAAGUAACCUUUUAUUUGGAUGUUUUCGUGUUGUUGCUCUUCUGGUUUGCUUGGCGUGUCCUGGUCUGCGUGGAACAAACAAGCGACGAUAAGGGAGACAGAAACAAAGUGGUCCAAAAAGCGAUGUGACUUAUUUUUUUAUUAUCACAUACUUUCACAGAGGCUCACGCGGGGGGAAAAAGACGAGCGAGACAAAAUAACACAAGUGAUACUGUCAAAAGGAACAGAAGCUAUACUUUCUGCUGUGUAAUAAAAUGUCACCUUUUGCAUACAAAGUCAAUGUUUAAGAAAAAAAAUGAAGUCCGAUGUUUGACACAGCGUCAUUGUAUACCGUAGCGUGUACAGACGGCGGCGUGGUUAGGACUCUAGCCCUAUGUACAGUAUUUUUGUUUGAAGGCACAAAUGCACUGGAAUUGUUUGUAUUGUAAAUACAUUGGUCAUUCUUUCAGUUCGAAUGGUGCUCAGGGGCAUCACAGUACUUUUACAUUUCUGCUCCGAGGUCCGGGGAGGCCACAGAGGGCCAGAGAAUGACUUUUCUAACCACUGCCCUGGUUUCAGUUAAAAGGGAGAAUGACACGUUAAGCGUCGGUAGUGAGGAGUUGGUUUUUAUCGAGGCAAAACACGAAUUCACCAAAAUUCCAAACGACGCGGUCUUAGAUCCGAUGACACAGUAAAGGAAAAGAAAUGGAAGUGCUCUCAUUUGUUUUCUCGACGGUCAGAUGAGACAAUCGAUACCACUCUGUUCAGGUCAAUCAUCACUCGCCCAGACUGAGGAGACCGGAGGAAACAUUCAGUAUUCAUUCAAAAGAAAUCUCUGAAUAUAUCGUAUUUAUUCUAAAGCUCAGAGACCAUUUUUACUAUUCAUGUGGCAGUGACACAGUUUAGAUGUGAUGCUAGAAUCAGGUAGUUACUGCUCCCAUUACAAAAUGAUUCCAUCCAAACAAUCAUUUUCAAAUACACAAUAUUUUGUUAAUUUAGUGAGCGUGCAAGAUGUACUUUUUCUGGGUGAACACUAAAGAACGUGUUGGACUUGACUUCACAUUAAACCACGUAAACAAUAAUAACCAAAGAAAAGGAAAGAGGUGAGGGUGUGUGUGUGUGUGUCUCCCACGGUCUCAGCGUCCACAGUUCAAUGCCUACAUAGAUCAACCUUCAUGUCCAUCAUGCAGAGUGAUAUCAAUCGUCUUAUCUCACUCUCAACAGGAAAGUGAGUAAGUGUGUUUCCCAACACUAAACUAAUAACUGUGUUUGUUUGCCUGUUUCAAAAAGUGCCUGUCAGUGGGUGAAGUUGUGACACAAAAAAAAAAGCUUGAUGGGUGGAAUGGGAUCUAUCGAUGCUGCGUUCAAGACACGUGGGAGGCUCCGAUUUUCAGGCUUCUAAACGUUUCCCGGCACAUGAAGCCAAACUUUAACAGAAAAAAAACAUGGCUGACCGUGACAGUGAUUUCCUGUUUUAACCUCAGCGUAAAUGCAGAACAGAUUUUAAUAUCUAAUAGUAUGUAUAGUAUUUUAAUUAAAAAGAGGCAAAUAUAUUUAAAGUUGCCUUUUAGUUAAUGUUUUUUUUUUUUUUAUGGUACAUGGCGUCAGACAUCUGCUUCUCCAAGGCUUUGAAAUAGAAGAGUUCGACUUAAACAUAGCGUGAGAUGGAAAUAAAAGGAGGGAAGGAAGGAAGGAAAGAGUGGUUCUUGAGAGAAUCCAAGGAAGGAGGAAAGAGGGUUAGAAGGAAAGAAAGAGGGAUGGAAGGAAGGAAGCAAAGAAAGAGUGGUUAAUGAGCGAAUCGAAGGAAGGAAGAAAAUACAGAUUCAUUCCUCCGUUACUUCAUGUCCAGCCCUAUGUAUCAGAAAGUGUUGCAUAAAGCAGAGUCAAGACUGAGCCAUGGAGGAGAACCCCCCCCCCCGAGCUGCACCAUCACGGCAUCAAACAUCACUUCCAGUGCUUUUGCGUCUCAGAUGUUAACCAGGAAAAACUAGCGAUAGACACUUUAGCUGCAGAGGAGACGUACGAAUUUUUUCUACUUACUAGUAUCGAAACAUAGUGAACCAUUCCAGAUGUACUCGAGUACCGGCCAAACUCAAGUGUGUAGAGUAGAAGUCGGCCCUCCCCCCCUACCCCCCCGUUCACUGUGUAAAUAUCCAAUGGGACGGCUCGUCUCCUCACGGGCGAGCGCGGGCCGUUUUUAACAGCGAGCUUUUCGCAAACACACAGACACACUCCUGCGCUCUGUGCACAAGCCAGUCUUUUCAACCUCGUGUGUCUUUCUGUCCACUCACUCUGUAGCUGCACAUGCACGUAGGCAAAAACCGAGGACAACAGAUUAGUGGGUGUACACAGGUUAGAUUCCUAUUGACGGUGUAUCCACAUGGCCUACAGGUGUGUGUGUUGUUCAGCAGUAGCUACCUGCAGCUUCAAACAAAACAAGUGAUGUUUGGCAUAACAACCUUGACAAAUCACGGGAUUGUGAGGAAUAACUAGGUUAUGGUGUGUGUUUGGCUUUACUACCCAGGAAAUCUAGUUAACCAACGAUUACGUUUGAACAUUUGACUGAUUCACUGACGGCUGAGGGCAGCACACAGUCAGGGGUUUUCCUUCAAAGAUGCAAGUUAUUACUCGCCGGGGCCCUUUCGAAAGAUCAAACCUACUUCUGGACCAUAUCGGGAAAUAUUUAUUUUGUGUGUGUCUCUUGUCGCCUGUCAUGAUGUUAGCCUUGUCGACGUUUACAUAUCCGAUUGCCUCCGCCGUCAGCUGACUGUUAAGCGAAGGAGAACUUUGUUACCCCCAACGCAGGUAUUCAAGACAAAACUGGUAGCAUCAUCAGGAGCCGGCUGUACCCCCCCCCUUCCCCCCCUCCCCUCCCGUAAGUUACCCGGCUGGCCCGUGUGUAUCUGUACUUGUUUUUUUUUCCUUUUCAUGGUCGUGUGUGUAUCCUCAUUGCCUCAAAUCGCUGAUCUUAAAUAGAGAAUCCAGAUGUUAGAAUGUGGAGAUAAACAUAUUAUAUACCAGUGCCUUCUAGAGUCAGGCUGGGGAAGGGGUUGUAUAGGGAGGUGGGAGGAGGGGUGAGGGGGUGUGGCACGGCGCGGAGCAUCCAGAUGUAGCCAGAGUCGCACGGCUUAAUGGGACCAGUGGACCUGGACAUGGUCUGGGACUCUGGUGUUUCCGUGUGGACGUGCCAUACGAAGCCUUAGAAACGAGUCUGACUCCGGCUCCACAGUUUGCCGCCUCCUCUCCUGACGCGUCGCUAUAGUAACGCACCUGUAGGCUCGCGGAUGCUGAUUCCUGCCACAGGAGUGAGAGAGGGAGGGAGGGUGACCGUUUCUCUCUCUCUCUCUCUUUCUCUCUCUUUCUUUCUCUCUCUCUCCCGCACACACACACACACACACACACCAAAUUCAGAGAGAAAUAAACAUCUCCGCUGUCUGUUGUUGUAUCUGUAAAAUAACACGAUUUAUUUAUUACUCUUUUCUAUGUGGGUUCAUGUUUUUCUUUUCUUUUUUGUUUCUGCCCGUAGCGUCAGAUCACCGUUCUGUUUCCUCACCGAACGUUUUUUUUUCAGAAUGGAUUUUAGAGUUUUAUUCCGCUCCUCGUUACUUGACGUCACAACUGUCCUCAACUUGUGCACUCUGUCAACUGAUAACUGCCCCACACCCCCCCCCCCCCCCCACCACCACCACACACACACACACACACUUUUCCUAUCUUAGUAUCUGAAUAUAUUUACUGUAUCUCCAUGGCAACUAUAACUUCUUAGAAGUUGAUGGUCACAUGUAACAAAUAACAGAAUAAAAACAAGUGACAUCC